AUGGCCAAAAGUCUAUGUGUAUUGGCAUUGGGUGCUGCUGUUGCUCAAGCCCAGCUUUGGGGACAAACUAUUGAGACAUCCUACGGGCCCGUGGAAGGUUUUCAAUACUUCAAUGAAUCAACUCUCAAGGAAUACUUCCCAAACACCUCACAUUCCAAUGUGGCUGCCUUUCUAGGUAUUCCAUUUGCUGCCGACACUGGCUUCCAGAACCGCUGGAAAGCACCACAACCACGCCAGCCCUGGAAAGAGACUCUCAAUGCGACCGAAUUCGGAUAUGCUUGCCCCAGCAAAUACCGCACCAAAAUCAGCGAAGAUUGCCUGAAUCUGAACAUCUGGACCAACGCACAGAAUGCAGAUGCGAAGCUUCCGGUAAUGGUUUGGAGCCAAGGCUCUGAUGCAACAAGUGAUGACAGUUCGUGGUAUGGUGGUGGAAUGGCCUUGAAAGACGUGAUUGUGAUUACGUUCAAUCGACGUGAUGAUGCGUUCGGGUAUCUUGCGCAUCCUGAACUCAAUAGAGAAGGAUUCAUGACUACUGGCCAUGAAACCUCUGGCAACUAUGGAAUCCUUGACCAGCUUGAAGUCUUGAAGUGGGUGCAGAGCAAUAUCGCCAAAUUCGGUGGAGAUCCUGAUCGUGUGACUCUUGCGGGCCAGUCAUUUGGAUCCUCUCAGGUUUAUCAUGCUGUCAAUAGCCCAUUGUUUACUGGGUAUUUCCACGGAGCAAUUGCUGAGUCUGGUAUCCGGUAUCCAUAUGAUACCCUCUUAGCUGGCAUCGCAACAUCAUAUACAAAUAUGUCUGCCGCCCUUGAGCAUGGUACUAAUUACACGGCUUUCCAUAAUGUCUCUACUAUCCAUGAACUGCGGUCUCUAUCAAUGGAAGACCUGCUGAUUGGGUCUCAGGAUAGCGUGGAUGGCGAAUGGAUUUGGUGGGUAACUGCACUCAGCACUGGGUACCCAUUGAUCUUCAAACCAGUACUGGACGAUUAUGUCCUUCCUAUGAAGUAUAUUGAGUCUCUUAUUCACGGUCCAGCCAACGAUGUGCCGAUCAUUACAGGCAAUAACAAAGAUGAAUCUGGCGCGUCACCUAUGACCGACUACACCGUUGCUGAGUAUGAGUAUUAUUGCUCUCUCAAGUACGGCAAUCUCUCUAGCCGCUAUUUCAAUCUCUACCCCGAUUUCAACAGCUCGCAUAUCAAGAGCAAGGUCAUUGCCGACCAGGCCUGGAAUGCUGCCGCUCGUGACACCUCAUUGAUUGGCUCUUGGGCCUAUGCAACUGAGUGGUAUAAAUCCGCUAUUUCGCCGAUCUUCACAUAUUACUGGACACACGCACCUCCUGGUCAGAACCAAGGUGCAUAUCACGAAUCGGAGAUCAUGUAUGCUCUCAGAUCGCUUUACGCGAACGCCGACCUGCUUCCUUUUACCGAGUGGGACUUUGAAAUUCAAGAGAAAAUGUCGUCAUAUUGGGCGAACUUUGCCAAAACUUUGAACCCAAAUUACGGGGGAUCUUUUACUGGUAAGGGUUCAUUGCCACACUGGAGCCCAAACAAUGCUAGUGGCACACAAAUUGUCAUGGAGCUUGGAAACCACUUCGGGAAUGUGCCUAUUGCGAAACCUGCGCAGGUGAACCUUAUCAUGGAUUAUUUCCAUCAACAGAUACCUUACUAG